AUGCGGUUCGGGACUUUCAGGACCGCCUACAGGGUGGCGACUCGACACUUUGGUUCGAAUGUCGCUUACCGACAGUACUACCAGGCUCCUCGCACCGUCACGGCGAUGAUGCCUUACCUCUGCACGAGAACAAAUCCUGUGACGCUGAGGCUCGAGGACCAAGCUGCCGACGGCUCCUCGAAUGUGAAACAGCUUUUCUCCACGAGCAUGAGCGGCUCUGCUCUCCUCUCGCCCGUCAGCGAAUUGUCUUCGCUCGGGCCGCCUGCAUUGGUGCUCGAAGUCUACGACGUGGUGUCUCAUCUAUCCGUGACGAAAAUGCUAUUCCAGUCGCCAUGGGAUAAAACACAAUCUGCCGUCUUCCAGAGACGGGGGCGUUUGCUUUGUUCGUGUGGGGUGUUGUUCACAGAACGGUCUGCUACGUCAGAGUGGCUUCUCGCUCUAAGGGACGAAUAUCAAUGCAUGAUAAAAUUAAUGCAACAUAUCAAGUUCGCAUGCGGCCAUUCCUCUGGCCCUCGUCGGCGGCUUCUGCGAGGAAACGAUCUGUGGAAUAUCUUUGCCGGUUGA